UACGUGUUGUUUGAUCGCUGGUGCGUUUCCGGAACGUUUCUUCCGCCUCCGUUGCAACUCGCGGCCAACGGUAUCGUCCCGUUUAAUCAGCUCGCCGGCUUCCGGUGCAACCGUAUCACCCGGCUCACAGUGAAAUCGUGCUCCGAUUCCAGCUUCCACGUGCGAACGCUCCGAAUCCUCUUUCGCCUCGUCGGGAAGAGCUACGAGAGGGUGGAAAAUGGUCCCGUUCGUCGGACGAAGCAACUCGUGACCGCGAGGGUUGAGAAACGACGAGCGCGGCAACAGUCAGGCCGAUCUGAGCGGAUUUACGGAGGACGUUUCAGUAUCUUAUCGGAGGAUCGUUCGAAGGAGAGGGAAUUAACGAGGAUCGUGGAAAGGAUUUAAGAGGGAGUAUCGUUGUGCGGGUUUGAAGUCUUGAUGAUCGGUUUGAGUGGCAGGAGGAUGCUCCCGCGAAGUAGGAAGGUUCAGUCGGUGCCGUGCUUCGGAAGCGUUGAAUUUGUAACGUGUUUGUGGAUCGCGUGCGCCAUUUGUUCGACCCUGCUCGCCACGGCGGAGGGUUUCCACAUCUUCACACGGUAUGGGAAACAGCAUGAACCACGUGCGGGCUCCCUCAUCUGGUCAAGGUACGGUCGCAGCGACGGGCCGCACAAGCUUCACGUGUCGUUACAAAAAUACGCGGAAAUGGAGCCCAGGGAGUAUCGAUUCUACCUGGGCAGUCGUUACGGCAAACGAUCGUCCCCGGAUUACCGAACCGUUUCGUCUGUGGAUCGGUUCAGCGCAGCCUUGAGCUUCAUGGAUCACGUCGACGGCGUCGAUCUCGAUGCCGAGAACGACGCGAGUAAUGGCAGCGAUCCUCAGCCUCUGUCCUAAAAUCACCAAUUUAACUGUGUGCGGGGACUCGCUAACUAUUCCCCCGCAGACGAAGCGAACUUGGAAGAGAAGAAGAUCGGUCCCGUCGAUCGUUUAACCGAUUCGUCGACUGCUGAUCGCGUCUAAUAGAGCCCAAAUCGUAACACUGUUAACAGACAAAGAAAAGAAGAAUUCAUUGAUCGCGCGGAGGAGGAAGGAAUAAACUUCAGCGAUCAUUCCACCGUGUUUCGGCUGUGAUUUCAUUCGGAUUCGAGCUUCCGCGUUUUCUAGAUUUUCGUAAAGUUCCACUUUGUUUGCUUGCGAAAACGAUCCGCGUUUCCCUUGAUUUACUCAGGCUGCGUAAUUUAACGGAGACUGUUUUCUUUAUUAGUUUUGUUACGCUUCGACUGUUAGGCUUAACACUAAACCUACCGAGCAGUUAAUUGACUUUCUGAAACCCUUUUAUAAACUUCAUGAUUGCAUCUAUUGAGACCUAAAUUGAUUUACAAUUCAGUUUGCGUAUUGCUAAAUCAAUUUCUUUAAUCACUUCUCAGAGAAUAAUCUGUUAUGUUCU